UGCCCGGUGAAAUAUUCUGAGGAUAACUGAAAGCAUUCUUGAGGGAUACGGUUGUCUAAAACAGCCUGAUAUAAGACUGGAAAUGUUUGAAUGCAUGGAAACAAAACAUUACAGGAUUGCAAGCACCAUACAUUCGCACGAUGCGUCUCUUGAUGUUCCUGUCCGUGUUGACCUUAAGCUCCGCCCACCAGCUACGUAUCCACAACAGAUGUGGUUAGGAAAUAUGGGUCGGUAUCCUCGGUAACACUUCGCCGGAUCAGGGCGGCUACGCCCUUGGAUCUGGGCAAAGUCGAACGACUUUGUUUCCAAACAAAUGGUCGGGUCGCGUAUGGGGUCGCACGCAUUGCAACGGAAAUCGAUGUGAAACUGGCGACUGCGGGCGUGGCGUUCACUGCAACGGUGCCGGUGGGGCUCCCCCGGCAACCCUCGCAGAGAUCACAUUCGAUGCUGGAAGUUCUCAAAGACAGGAUUUCUAUGACAUCAGUCUGGUUGAUGGUUACAACAUACAGAUGUCAAUGCAGCCCGUGGCAGGCACACAUGCUGGUCAACCGAGCGGUGACCGGUACUGCCGUAGGGCCGGCUGCAACUCGGAUCUGAACAGAUCUUGUCCCUUAGAGCUUCAAGUUCGCGGCACAGGGGGCGUGGUAGCAUGUAAGAGCGCAUGUACGGCCUUCAACAGGGAUGACUAUUGUUGUCGAGGGGCUCAUAACACCCCCGCAACUUGCCCUCCGUUCCAGUACUCGCGGGUCUUCAAGAGCGCAUGCCCACAGGCGUACAGUUACGCUUAUGAUGACCAAACGAGCACUUUCACUUGCGACAAUCAGUGGCCAGGACAAACCCACUAUGACAUCACUUUCUGUGGAUAAUAAGCCACCUCCACUACAUUCUGAUUCUAACACCUAAUUGUUGUAACAUUGUUAUGUUGUAAAAAAUGGCACGUGAACACUUUAAUCCAUUUAAGUUUUUCAUUUAUUUAAACGUGCUUUUUAAAAUAGAUGUACACAAAUAUAAAAAACUUUAUAUUGGAAAGAAUAUUAAAAUAGCAAUACAUACAA